CAUUACAAACCAGCGAACCGCGAAGUAUUGCGUAUUUUGGGUGAAAAAUAGUAAAGCAAAAAUGCCCGAAUCAAUUCGCGUCCACUGGAAAAAUCUUCUUCGUUCGCGCAAGCAACAGCUAAUGCUGGCUCAGGUGAUUACCGGCAUUAUUAUUAUUGGACUUGAACAUCCUAGGCCACUAUACCGUAACAAUGUUACUGUAGCAGAUUUUAUCCUGUUCUUUCUUGCACUGAGUGCAACGCUCGGUACACUGGUUAGACUGGCAGAUGUUCUGCAGGAAUCCCAUCCGAUCAAAAAGGUCUUCGGAGCGAGCCUAUGGUUUCGGAUGGAGCUUCGUUUCACCGCACUGGCGGCGGCAGUACUGCAUUGCUCUGCCUGGGCCGUACUGUUGGCCGCAAUCGGUUCCCUGUGGUACCCAGUGUUGAGUAUCAUUGGCAGCGUUUUCGGUUUCAUAGCCAGCGUGCUGUACUUGAUCGACUGGUGGCAGCUUUUCCAGCAACGACCCACACCGAGGGGUGAAAUCGGAAUUGAGGCGGGCCCGCAGCCGCCAAUAGAAACAGCGGAUCACGUUGAGGGAAAGUAUCUCGCCGUAAAUCUGGCAUCCGUUCCGUUGGUUCACCAGUUUGGUCAGCCUGAAAAGGCCAACAAAGAUCCACGAAACGUGCAGCCUAACAAUUACAUAUAAUGGCUGCGCCAUUGACGGUGCAGCCAUUAUUGUUGGCUCGCAAAUAUUUAUAUACACAUGAGAUAAAACAAAAUACACAUGCUUAUUUUUAAGUUAAAUGCACAGUUGAAUCUAUUGGAUUGCAAAGUAUGAACACAAUCAGCU